CAGUCAUUUGCCGGUACGCGGAACAUUUUUAUAUCCUCUUCAAGUUAUCGUUGCAUUCGCGUCCUGUUUACAAAGCGAAACGUGCCCUACUGGAAAAUUUUAUAAUAAAUAGAUAAUGUAAUAAUUGUUUCUUUUGAGUAUUAAUAACAGUGUAAACUUUUAUUAAUUAUCAAUCCAAGUUCCAAGUACAAUAACCUAUUAUUUGUUAUUGAUGUGCAUUUCAUGGAUAUCUAAAUAAAUAUUGGUUGAUGUGAGCUGUUGUACCAGACACUGUUUCGUGCUAUACAGAGUGAUGUUAAAUAGGAGUGAAACAGCUAGUCCUGAAGAGCGAUCAGCCCUUAAGGAAGCAUUACCACAAAUAAUAGCGGUAUGCGUAAAAAACGUUCUUCUAUUAGGUUUUGGUAUGACUUUAGGAUUUCCUACCAUCCUAAUACCUAGUUUAUCAGGAAAUGAUCCAAAAGAACAGAUACUGUUAGGACAAGAAGCCAUAUCAUGGAUCAGUUCCAUAAAUUUAAUAUGUGUACCUGUAGGCUGUGUGAUGUCGGGGGCAAUAACACAACCAUUAGGAAGAAAAAGAGCAAUGCAAUUGGUCAACAUUCCAUUUUUAACUGCUUGGCUGUUAUUUCACUUUUCUGAGGAACCCUGGCAAAUUUUUUUAGCCCUCAGUAUUACUGGAGUCAGUGGAGGACUGCUGGAGGCACCUGUUCUGACCUAUGUAGCAGAAAUAACUCAACCCCACCUAAGAGGAAUUUUGUCGUCCACAAGCUCGAUGGCUGUGAUGUUAGGCAUUUUAAGUCAAUUCUUAUUAGGAGCGCUUCUUCGUUGGAGAACAAUAGUUUUAAUAAACUGUGCGGUACCUAUAUUAUCGUUCGUUUUAUUAAUAUUCGUGCCUGAGACUCCGAUAUGGCUCAUUUCUAAAAAGAAAUUUGACGAGGCUAGAAAGAGCAUAGCUUGGCUGCGGGGAUGGGUGCCUGUACAAAACGUCGAGAACGAAUUUCAAGAGCUUUGCAAACAAAGGCUGCAAGAAGAAACAAGGCACGUUAAAUCAGAGUUGACGGAAGAUUUAACAAAUAAAAUGGAUGGUACAAAGAAGCCAUCUAAUAUUGAAAACUUGAAAUUAUAUUCCACGAAACAAUUUUUAUGGCCAUACUUUGUGGUUAGCCUGGUUUUCUUUUUAAGCCACUUUAAUGGAAAUACUACUUUGCAAAUUUACGCUAUUAAAAUAUUUUCCACGUUGAAGACCCCUAUUGAUAAGUACUACGCCACCGUGAUAUUGGGGAUUGUACAGUUCCUAGGAUGUAUCAUUUGUGUAGUUUUUGUUAAUAUUCUUGGGAAAAGAACGAUUAAUUUUAUUUCUCUUUUGGGAUCUGGAAUCUGCUUCAUCGUAGUAGCUACCUAUGCAUACUUUAUAGAUGUCAAAUACUUUGAAGAUACAGUAAAGAUAAAUGGAACUAGUAACGCAACACACGAAAGUACGUUUAAUGAAGUACCCAUUCAAGAUUUCCGAUGGAUACCAGUCACGUUUUUGGUUGCUUCGGCUUUCCUAAGUUAUGUAGGAAUAAAAAUUUUGCCUUGGAUUCUGACCGGAGAGGUUUACUUUAGUAAAGUUCGCGCCACAGCUUCCGGCAUAUCGGGUGGAACAGGGUAUAUUUUCAGUUUCUUGGCGAACAAAAUAUUCCUGAGCAUGGUCUCUUGUUUCACUCUGCCGGGAGUAUUUUGGUUUUAUGGAACAGUAAGUGUAGUAGGUACUAUUCUUCUGUAUUUCUUGCUACCAGAAACUGAAGGAAAAUCUCUUUUUGAGAUCACAGAACACUUUGCUGGACGAAAUAAUUUGACCAACAGUGUUCGAAGAAAAAAAAUCCAACAUUCAUCUGGAAAAAACAACGAAGCGUUUGAACCAGACAUCCACAACGGACAUGUUGAAAGUAGAUUAUAAAAUGUUAACACAGCAAAUUAUUUAUUUAUAUCUUAUUUUUAAUUAAUAAUUUAAUAAUUAAUAUAUGUAUUAGUGUUAAACGCUUUGAUUUUUACCUGGUAACAAAACAAAUUUUCUUUAGAUACCUAAGCUUAUUUGUGAGUUAGAAAAUAUUUGUAAAUAGAAAAUAAAUUUCACCAG